GGGUGGGGCUGACGAGCCUGAGGAAACGGGAAACGCGCGUGAGAGAGCGACGGUUGGGCGUUGAGAGCGGGCGCGGCCCGGCACCGAGCCAUGGCGGCGGCGACCGCCUUGUGAACCCAGACACAGCAGAGAGCGGCCGAAGAUGAUGCGGCAUCUGCGGAGGGGCCUCCGGGAGCUCGGGCUGAGGCUCAGGUUUCACCUCGUCCGUGAUAUCGGCCGCCAGUAUCCGGUCUUCUGCUUCAUCCUCCUUCUGCUGAGCUCAUCCACCCUGCUGUUAAACAGGUAUCUGAACAUUCUCAUGAUAUUCUGGUCAUUCCUGGCUGGAGUUGUCACUUUCUAUUGGUCACUUGGACCGGAUUCUCUUUUGCCCAAUAUUCUCUUCACUAUCGAACGAAAACCAAAGCUCAAACAGCAGGAACUAUUUCCCCAAGGUCACAGCUGUGCUGUCUGUGGGAAAGUUAAAUGUCAACGACAUAAACCUACACUACUUCUGGAAAAUUACCAGCCUUGGCUGGGUUUGAAAAUUAGUUCAAAGGUGGAUGCAUCUCUGUCUGAAAUGUUGGAACUGGUGAUUGAAAACUUUGUUCAUCCUUGGUACAGGGAAGUGACUGAUGAUGAAACAUUUAUUGAUGAACUUAGGGCAACAUUGCGCUUUUUUGCAGCUAUUUUAGUCCGUAGAGCUCAGAAGGUUGAUAUUCCAAUCCUGGUAAACCAGAAGUUGUUAAAAGCUGCUAUGAAGCAUAUUGAAAUAAUAUCAAAAGCAAGGCAAAAAGUAAAAAAUAAGGAAUACCUGCAGCAAACUGCACUUGAAGAGUAUGGGCCAGAUCUGCAUCUGGCUCUGAGGAGUCGCAGGGAUGAGCUACAAUACCUGAGGAAAUUAACUGAGCUGCUGUUUCCAUACAUUCUUCCACCAAAAGCCACAGAAUGCAGUUCUCUAGCCCUGCUGAUUCAAGAAAUUCUGGCUGGAUCGGUUUUUCUUCCAUCCUUAGACUUUUUGGCUGAUCCUGACUUUGUGAAUCAUUUGUUGCUGAUUUUCAUUGACGAUAGCCCACCUGAACCAGCGACAGAGCCCCCAUCACCUUUGGUUCCAUUCCUGCAAAAAUACGCUGAUCCAAGAAAUAAAACACAGUCGGUCCUUAAAUUGGAGCUAAAGGAGAUAAGAGAUCAGCAGGACCUUCUCUUCCGGUUCAUGAACUUCCUGAAACAGGAGGGUGCAGUGCAUGUGCUGCAGUUCUGUUUGACUGUAGAGGAAUUCAAUGACCGUAUCUUGUGUCCAGAGUUGUCUGAAUCAGAGAUGCUGACUCUUCAUGCAGAAGUGAAGAAAAUCUAUGAGACAUAUUGUCUCGAUGAGAGUAUAGAUAAAAUCAAAUUCGAUCCUUUCAUUGUGGAACAAAUCCAACAAAUUGCAAAGGGAAAUUACAGAGAUGUGGUAAAACUUCAGACCACACCCUGCUUGUUUGAGGCUUAUGAACAUGUUCUGUCUCUACUUGAAGCCGUAUUUACACCCAUGUUUUGUCACAGUGAUGAGUAUUUUAGAUAUCUGCUGAAAGGAGCAGAAUCACCUACACACAACUCCAAGCUCAACAGAAGUAGCCUGAGUUUGGAUGAUUUCCGAGGAUCCAGUAAACGUGGAGAGUCUUUUGGAAUAUCACGAAUAGGUAGCAAACUUAAAGGCGUUUUUAAAAGCACAACAAUGGAGGGAGCUAUGUUACCUAAUUAUGGAAUAUCAGAAGGAGAUGAUGAUUUUGUUGAAGAAGCAUUGAUGGUAGUUGAGGAUGAUUUGCCUGAAGAAACUGCCAUAACUCCCAAUGCUCACCGCAACCUCUCUGCAUGGAAGAUAAGCAUUCCAUAUGUGGACUUCUUUUUUGAUAAUAAAAGGGAAAAAACUCCAGUGUUUUGUAUUGAUGUAGAACGGAAUGACAGAAGAUCAGAGGGAUAUGAGAGUGAACACUGGUCUGCCUACAGGAGAUAUCUUGAAUUCUAUGUUCUGGAGUCGAAGCUAACGGAGUUUCAUGGAUCUUUCCCAGAUGCUCAGCUUCCUCCAAAGAGGCUUAUAGGACCUAAGAACUAUGAGUUCUUGAAAUCCAAGCGAGUGGAGUUUCAGGAGUACUUGCAGAAUCUGUUGAAACACCCAGAACUAAGCAACAGCCAGCUUUUGGAUGACUUUCUUUCCCUUGAUGGCUCUGAAUCACAGUUUCUUGACAAAAUUUUGCCAGAUGUAAAUCUUGGUAAGAUUAUCAAGUCUGUCCCUGGAAAACUGAUAAAAGAGAAAGGCCAGCACCUGGAGCCAUUCCUCAUGUCGUUUAUUAACUCCUGUGAAUCUCCCAAGCCUAAACCCAGCAGGCCAGAACUGACCAUCCUCAGCCCAACAUCAGAAAACAACAAAAAGCUCUUUAAUGAUUUGUUUAAAAACAAUGCCAAUCGCUCUGAUAGCACAGAGAAGAAAUAUAACCAGAACUACUUCAUAGAAAUGAUGGCCUUGGAUGGAGUUUAUGAUUACCUCAUGUAUGUAGGCCGUGUUGUUUUCCACAUACCAGACUGGUUGCAUCACUUGUUAAUGGGUGGAAGAAUUCUCUUUAAAAACACACUUGAAGCCUAUUCAGACUGGUAUCUUCAGUAUAAACUGGAUCAGUUACUCCAAGAACAUCGACUGGUUUCUCUUAUUACUCUGCUGAGAGACGCCGUCUUCUGUGAGAAUACCGAGUCACGCUCAACUAGAGACAAGCAGAAUCGAGCAAAGCAAACUUUUGAUGAAAUGAUGAACUACAUUCCAGAUUUCAUUGUGAAAUGCAUUGGAGAAGAGGCUAAGUAUGAAGGGAUCAGACUGCUGUUCGAAGGGUUGCAGCAACCAGUGCUGAAUAAACAGCUGACUUAUGUACUGAUGGACAUUGUACUUCAGGAACUUUUUCCUGAGUUAACAAAGAAAGAGGCUGCAAUUUUAUCCACAUGGAAGUGAAGAGUACUGGUACCCAUCUCGAUGUGGGAGAUUCUAUUUCAGAAGCUGGUGUGCAAUUGACCUGUGCUGUAUAUAUACUGCAAAAACAUUUAAUUAUGUGUAUAGAAUAUCAAAGAAUGUUUUUAGUCAAUUCUUGUGCUUUGUGAAUGAGUACUUAUGAAUUUCUGAAAAUGUACAUGUGGCUACAUUAAUAAAGGAGGUGACAUUCUGUCAGAAGCCCAAA